AUGAAGGAGGAAGGAGGAGAGACAGGACCGAUUGGAAGUCAAGGAGAUCCAGGACCGAAAGGUAGGCCUGGAGUACAAGGACCGAUGGGGCCACCUGGUAAACAGGGAGAGCAAGGUGCAGUAGGACCAGAAGGAAACCAAGGGAUAGGAGCAAUAGACAAUGGAAUUUGUCGCAAUUCUUCUCAGUGA